UCCCUCCGACAUUAACCUCCUCAAGAAAACGUGUUCUCAACGUGUUUUUAUAGCUGCCCUUUAACCCUGGGAGGUUUACGAGAAAAUAUCACUGAACUUCUUUGUUCUUCGAUUAGACGUGCCGUCGAUGAACCACAACCAGGCUAGCGUCAGCAGCAAUACUCAGGAAGAUUUUGAUGAGAUAACACAACAGAUUCGGGUACUCCAGUCUUCACAGGACGAGCUGUCUCGCUCGAUCCGCAAUCUACAGGUCCGUGCAGCUCGCAUACAGAAUCAGAAGGCAGCGGUAUCAUGUAUCCCCUCUGAUGUCCUUUCGAUGAUAUUCGAGGAGUGCCGUCAGCUCAAUCCACAAUGGUCUGGCAUUCUCUUCCUUCUCCACCAGUCUCCCGUUGAGGUACGACUGUCGCAUGUAUCAAGUCAUUGGCGUGAGGUAGCCCUCACCUCGCCUUCCCUGUGGUCCUCUAUUCACUACCCGUUCUCGCAUAAAGAGGAUUCGCUCAUGGAAUAUUUGAAGAGGUCAGAUGGGUCAUUUCUCGAUGUAUACAUCGGGCCAUGGAGACAGCACCCUCAGAUUGAGCACGUGUUGACCAAUAUUAUCUUACCACACCUUCCCCGUUUCAGACAAUUGGUUCUUGACGCAGUUUCACGAGAGGCUUUGGCGUCGCUCCUUGCAACGUUUCGUAGCGUGUCUGCCCCUGCUUUGACACGGCUGCGAGUGAUGUGCAGAGGACCAAUGUCGACUGCAGGUCCCAUUGCUUCUGCAAAACUCUUCACCAAGGGAGCUCCUUUGUUAUCCGAUGUCAGGCUCGACAGCGUUGCAGUCAUCCUGCCCAAAACAAAAGCAAAGACACUCCAUUUUUGCCCACCACCAGGGUCACCCUUCCCGCUCACACGCGAAAAACUCUUCCGAGCAAUGUCAGCAUUCCCGUUUCUCCGCAGGCUCCAUGUGAAAUCGGCUAUAGAGCUGAAUAUUCUAGCCCCUAUUCCGCCUAUCCUCUUGCCUUCAUUGAGGGAAUUAGUGGUGCAUGGCCUCGCCGUGUCCACGGGCAUACGUAUAUUUGACGUGAUAUCCACGCCUAAUAUCGAGAGCCUCUACCUCGUGGAUAUGAAUUGCUCCGCAAUAUCUGCAAUUCACAGAUUCAUGACACAGUCUUAUCCGGAUGCGUUCCAGUCCUUGCAGGCGUUACGGUAUAUCAAGUGCGAGUUUAGCGAGGACAUGGACAUUCAUUUCCUUCGCGCAACCCCUGGUGUCUCCCAACUGCUUGUACCUGUCGACAAAACAAAUUACCUGAUACGCAUGCUCGUGAACAGUGAUAAACAAGCGGCCAUUCACGGCUGCCCACCACUGUGGCCAAAGUUGCGCACUGUUACCCUGCACACACACGAGUACUGCGCGCAGGUGGUCGGCGCGGGUGGUGUCCCUGACGACGAGCCUUCACCUACGAUGAACCUCCUUCAGGAAUUGGUCACAGGGCGAAAAGUGUUGGGCAGACCGCUCAGCAAGCUCAGCUUUAAAGGACCAAAUGCAGUACCCUUUUCGAACGAGUUCCACUGGGGGCUUAAUCGAGUGAAAGAGUUCAUAUCUACCGAGGUUGUUUUCUGUCAAAUCCCUGCCCUGCUAUACGAUGGAGGGCAGGAAUACGACUGGGCUGUUGUCGCUGAGGCAUAUGGCAUGCAGUUGCGGCAGUUUCUCCAACAGGUUCAAGGCAUACGGCAGCAGUUAGCUACUAUUCUUCCACCCAAUUUUUCGUUCCAGCAGCUACGAAGACGGGUAGACGCAUCAGCGUGAUAGAUAUUCUACAAGUCUGGCUCAUACCCUCCGCGUACUUGUUCAUCAGUUUCAGCAUUAAUUAGGGCUUAGUUAUGGUCUUUAAGACGUUAUAUUUCGUUUUUCAUAAUUUCGGUUUGGAACGUUCUGCUAGUUCCUGUGCUUCUUUACCCAAUGCUCCCUCAGCGACGAGCUGCCUCAUGUCCUCCUCAGACA